CACAGGCCCGGUGCUUCCAUCGACAUCCUGCUCUCGUCAGUCCAACAGACUCAGCCCCUACUAUUGAUUACCUUCCCCUUCAUUUCGCUAUUGACUGAUCUGGAACAUCGGGUCAAUCAAACAGUGGCUCAAGAGCAGAAGACAGCACGUAGUAGCUAGUAGCAAGAAGUCGCUUGGAACUCAUCUCAGCACUCUUUGAACCGUCGUGGUCUGUCAUGGAUAUCCCGACGCAGGCGGAAGACCCCGCUGGCUUUGUUCACGACGAGGAGAUAUGGUUCGCCGACGGCAAUGUGGUGCUCGAGGCCAAGGGGCACGUCUUCAGGAUAUACCAAGGCUUACUUGCCCACAACUCAGAGAUCUUUCGCGAUCUCUUCACCGUGCCUCAGCCGACGUCCAUGGAGACGUAUGAAGGAUGUCCCAUUGUCCACCUCACGGACCGCCCCGAGGAUCUGCGCCAUCUCUUGCGGGUCAUCUACCACGGCAACAGAUACUAUCGUCCCGACGAACAACUUGAGUUCGCGGCUGUUGCUGCUCUCGUCCGGUUGGCACACAAGUAUCAAAUCGACCACGUCCGUGAUGCCUACCUGUGGCGGAUGAAGUCGUGCUUCUGCACCGAGUUGGCGACAUGGGAAAUCGUCACCGAAGGGCCCGGGUAUGGCAGCCCCAUCAUGAAGUUCCGUCUCGCAGACGCCAUCGCCGCCGUGAACAUCGCUCGCCUCACCGGGACGGAGUCUAUGCUGCCCAGUGCGCUGUACCUUUGCUGUCGGUUGGGAACAGAACGUCUCCUCAAUGGCUGUUCUUGUCCUGACGGAACCCUUGAAAGCCUUGACCCGGCGGAUGUCAUCAAGUGUAUCGAUGCGCGUCACAUCUUGCACCAAAAAUACAUCAAUACGCGCUUCGAGUUAUACAAUCCCAUCAGGCCGUCAUUGCAAUGCUUGGAAUGCCGCACGAAAGUAGAAGUGAUACGCCAACGAAUAAUGUGUCCACGCCUUACUACUAUGAAAUUUGCGGUGGACCUUUUGCUAUCACCAUUCUGCACCAGGUUCGACAUCCGGCAAACCGAGGGUCGUAUCUACAUAUGUCCAGAGUGCCAGAGUGUACUUCGGAUGGCAGAGGAAUCACUACGCAAAGAGACCUGGACUGAACUUCCCCAGCUGUUGGGUAUUGAGGUACCACCGGGCUGGGCUAGUGAAUAGGGUUGUUCAGAGUAGGCUGUCCGGGCAGCUAUCGAGCCUGCUAUCCCGUCCAGAUGUCCGAGGCUCGACUCCGGCAAACGCCGACAGCGAGCCUCAGCUGUGAUCCUGAUCGCUGUCGCAGGGGCCUCGCUGACGGCGCGCGGUGGCACCGGCGCUCGGCACUCAGUCGGAAUGCAAACGCGAGGUUUGUACGGUGGCUGACCCUGAAUUAGGGCUUGUUACGGAGCCCAAGUGCGGGCAGUGGUAGAUUGUGAAUAUGAACUGUUCUUGAAGUUGCUGUACGUAUCAAAAUGUAUUGAGAACAAUGAGAAGCAAUUAUUU